GCUAGCUCAACCAUGUCGACGAGUGACAAGUGUUACCAAUCACCCAACGAAAAAGAAGUCUUUGCUGCCACAUUGGGCGACAUGUGUAACCAAACAAAAGAGGACAAACAUGAAUACAGACGACUUCAAAUAAUCAUCAGUGCUGUGAUUGUUCCCGUUGUAGCUAUCAUCGUUGCAAUCAUAGGGUGCAUGGUGCAUCGACGACAUCGACAUCGCCGACUUGGAAGACAACCCACGACAAGUCCGCCCGAAGCUAACCAGGUUAAAGAAGUUCCUUCCGAUACCAGCGACACGAAUGAGACAUUGGAUAGGUUUACGCAAGAAUCGGUUUUGCAUGUCUAUGCAGAAGCUGACCAAUGUUUUUUCUCGACUCAAGCAACACGAAACAAGUUCCAGAGAAAUUCAGAUCCGGAUCCGAGUCAAGAAGGUUCUGAUGAGACCAUGGAUGCUGUUCCAGGCAAUAAAGGGUAUCAUGGAUAUGUCGACAUGCAUUCUAAGGGGAGUCGGUCUAGGGGAGACAAAACGGUUCGAGAUAGCAUGACUGAUGCACAUGGAUACGUUAUCCAAGACGGACCUGGUAUGCAUUACGAGGCAGUGGCGUCUCGAAUUGCAAAGUUAUAAGAUUUGGUACAAGGGGAUUGACUCUGAGAUAGAUUCAACGUCUUGUAAACUUGCUCAGCCCCUUGAGUUUUGACAGGCAUUUCGUCCCAGAUACAUUUUAUAUUUCUAGGUUUUUUAGAUUGAACUUCGUUACCAAAACAGCCAAACGCUGGGUUAAUAUUUAUAGGAAUUUGUUGUAGAUGAUACCAUAAUCAAAUCAAUCUAUCCAGGCAAUCUGCUUUGUUUUACCAAUACAGAACUUACCGUCGGUGCUGUUUUGUUAAGUCUUACAUAUUCGAUAAAAGAAUAUUUUGUUGAGAUAUAGUGCCAUUCAUAAGUGUCGGUGUUUCACGGAGGCAGUAUUGUUACACUCUUGGUAUUUUACUUACAAUUAUGAACAAAAGCAGGCACAUGUUUUGAUGAAAAAACAGCAAAAAUUAUACAUAAUUAUUAUAUAUGUAAUGAGAAUGCUAUAAUAGUUAAGUGUUAUUUGCAUUAAUGCAAUAUAUGAUAUGGAUUUGUCUCUAAAUGGUAAUAGAACAAUAUUAAUUUCGGGAUUCAGUAAAUAUUUUGGCCAUGUUGGCGGUGGCUUAUGCU